AUGCGUUUCGCUGCUGCCGCCGCCGUUCUGGCCACCUCCGUCAUGGCCGGUACCGAGGUCGUCGUCGAGCCUACCUCGACCGCCUUUGUCACCGAGCACGUCACCGUCACUCAGUGCCCCGAGACCGUCACUGACUGCCCGGCCCGCUCCAAGACCACCUCGGUCAUCACCAACACCGUGCCUUACACCACCAGCACCGUCUACAGCACCAAGGUCCACACCAUCACCAGCUGCGCCGCCACCGUCACCGACUGCCCUGCCCACAGCACUGUCGUCAGCACCGAGACCAUCUCCGUCUCCACCACCGUCUGCCCCGUUGGCCCUGCCACCCAGACUCCCGGCAUCUGGAACAACUCCACCAUGCCCGGUGGCAACAAGCCCACUGGCGGCAACAAGCCCUCCGGCAGCGCCUCCAUCACCAUCCCCGGUGGUGAGAAGCCUACCGGCCCUGCUCAGCCCCCUGCCAGCACCGGUGCCCCCGCUUGCCCUACUCACUCCGUCACUGCCAUCACCAAGAGCUACACCACCGUCCUCACCUCGGUUGAGUACUCUACCAUCGCUGUCCCUUGCCCUACCGGCCCCGGCAACCCCGUCGGCCCCGGCAACCCCGUCACCCCCACUGGCAGCAAGCCCGCUCCCGGUGGCUGCACUGGUCCUAACUGCCCUCCCGCUGGCACUGGUGCUCCCCAGCCCCCCGCUGGUGGCAACCAGACCUGCACUGGCCCCAACUGCCCCAAGCCCCCUGUGACCGCUGGUGCCGCUAGCCUUGCUGGCUCCGCCAUCUUUGCCGCCGCUGCCGGUCUCGCUGCUUUCGUCCUUGCUUAA